UAAUUUUUGGGCUUACUAAUGGAAAUGGUACUUUCGUUUACAGUGGUUGAUAAUGGAGAUAACUGGAGUGUUGGGCAGAGACAGUUGCUUUGUUUGGGAAGGGUUAUGCUUAAGCAAAGUAGGUUGUUGUUUAUGGAUGAGGCAACAGCUUCUGUUGAUUCUCAAACCGAUGCUGUGAUUCAAAAGAUCAUCCGAGAGGACUUUGCAGCACGUACCAUCAUCAGCAUUGCUCAUAGAAUACCAACAGUAAUGGACUGCGAUAGAAUUCUAGUUGUGGACGCAGGGAGGGCCAAAGAAUUUGACUCACCAGCCAACUUGGUCCAAAGGCCAUCACUCUUUGUUGCUUUAGUUCAGGAGUAUGCCAAUCGCUCAAAUGACCUAUAAGAAACUUUUGAGUGUCACUUCUGCAAGACAGUAACAGAAAACAUACAUUAGCUAAGCCUAUUAAGUUUUGAGUGAUCUUCCUAGUGCUAUGUGAAAGAACAAAAGACAUUUACCAUGGCAGCAGAAAACAAGUGUUGUGAGACGCAAUUACCGUCUCGAAUAAUUUCUAUUAAUGCAAGUGAAGUU